GCCCGCGGCCCGCGGCGGCAUGCUAGAUUACCCAAUUGGGACAGCAGCGCAGAGGACGGACCUGAUCCGGGGACAGUUCAAGGAAGGUUGGUGCAUGCGCCUCCAGCUUCUAUCCCGCGUCCAGCCCCCCUCACAUGGGCAGCUCCAGAGCGUAGAUACUCGCAGCUGCAGUCUCGAUUUAAUGAUUAUUCUAGGUCCUGGAAGCCUCCUGGCCAAGUCAUCGCCGCUCUGCGCGUGGUUGCUCAUGUUAUACCUUGCACCCUUGCUUAUGGUCUCUGUCUCUCCACUACUCCAUCUCUCCAUCUACCAUCGCAUGUACCUUUGGCACGCUUUAGCAAUCAUCGAUCCUGAUUACGUGAUAGGAAAGGAGCAAACGAAGACAUGAGUAUAA